AUUAUCAGCGCACCUGUGAUCGUUUGUCUGACGCGCGCGCAUAUCCACAGGGACGUAGGAAAUCAGACUCUUGCGAUGAAAACAAAGUGGAAUUUUUACAUUUUAUGGAGUGUAUUUUCCCUUUGUAUAGGUAACUAUGUAGCAGGAAAAUAUGAUUCCCCGUCCACACGCCGUCCAUCCAGACGGAAAACGAUUUUCAAAUCAAAAACACAACAGACAGAGACCGCCACACAGCCCGUACAUGUGCUCACCACUCACAGCGAGACGGUAUCGUCGGGCACCGAACUAGAGCUAAUAUCUAGAUCGCAGGGUGCUGGGGGCCACGGGACAAGGAGUCAACCUCAUUUCGCGUACCUACCAGAUGUUUCUGUGACCUGUUCUAAUUCGGAUUUCGUCGUGCGGGUCAAAAAUGUAUUUUACGGACAUGGCGCAAACGCCGAGGAGCUGAGGUUGGGGAGGACGUGCAAGAGCAAUGGCGCCCUCGGACCUUACGGCGUCCUUCUCUUCACCUACCGGAUAACGGAGUGCGACGUCCAACGUGAGAUGUCCCUCGAGUAUAUCGUGUAUAAAUACCUGCUCCGCUAUAUGCCGUCUCCAAAGAGGCGCAAAGGCAGCACGCAUUCAUUCGCUGUAAACAUCGAGUGUCGUUAUCCAAGGUACCACCACGUCUAUCAGUUGGCUGUGCGCCCUACCUGGCAAACUGCUAUUAGUCUUAAAAAGCUAAGGGGGCGCCUUGCCGAAUUCCAAAUCCAGUUAAUGGACGAUGCAUGGAACAUGCCUGCCAAGUCCAAGAUCUACCUUCUUGGGCAGACGGUAAAUCUCCAGGUGUCUGCCUCCCAGCUGCCAGCAGGCGGAAAGGUGUACAUCAGCAGCUGCUUUGCCACGCCAUACAGCUCUGCGUCUCCCCUCAGAUACACUCUCAUUGAUAACUUUGGGUGUAUGUCGGGGAGCCAGAAAGACCCAGGGAGCUCUCAGUUUGUCUCCUCCCAGGACGACCAGACAGUUCGGUUCUCCUUCCGUGCCUUUCAGUUCACCGCUGACCCCAAAACUCAGGUGCAGAUCCAGUGUGUAUUACAUGUGUCAUCAGAAGGCUCAAGUGCUGUAUACAAAGCUUGCACUUACGAAGACAACAGGUGGAGAGCCCUCUCUGGUGAUGACUACAUAUGUGAUUGUUGUGAAUCACAAUGUCUGACAUCUAAAUCUAAACGGGCGAUGUUUGAAGGCUCCGCCAACAGUGGACCAAUACGGGUCUCAACUCAGUCGCCCCGCUCAGAGGACCAUUUUCCAUCCGCCGUUCCCCCUCUGAUUAGACCUACUGCGGAGGGGGAGCUAGAAGACAUCUCGGCCUUUGAGACCAAAAUGAAUCAACCAGUCAAUGAGCAGGGGAAUCCCCAAAAUCUGCUCAAUACCAGGGAUUUGUCUGAAACCAGUGGCAAAGAAGACCAGCGAAGCCUGGAAGAUUAUGAGCUAGACGACGAGCAUGAGGGAGACAGUAGUGUUUGGGUUCACGGUGCCACAGCCAUCGGUCGGUUGAACCAACUGGGCUUUGGCUGGGGACUGAUCACAAAGGAUUGGGAUGGGGAAACGUCUGGCCUCUGGGAUUUGGACGAGUUUGGGGAAGAUGGAGUCCUGCCGUACGGAGACGAAGAAGACCUACUAGAGACGGAGGAGAGCGACAAGUCGGGAUCCAUGGAUUGGUCAGUGACGAAGGAGGAAGAUAAGGCACACAAGUUCUCUGGUGAUAGGCUGGGGCUCGGUCUGCUGAAGAAAAAGAAGGUGGUGGAGUCACAUGUCACUGUGGCUUCGAGGGAGACGCCCUCCAAACCCUGGGCUGAUGAUGGACAUGAGGAAGAGGGGGGAAGAGAGAGGCAUGGAGGGAGACGUGAAGAGGUUGAAGGGUAUGGGUCAGACGUUGAACGGGGAAAUGACAAAGCUGCACAGGGUGAUGGAUUGGUAGAGGCGGACGUUGGUAGGGAUAAGGAAAUGACUUGGUAUUUCACAUGGAAGUAGUGUUGGUAAAUAAUUCUUCACUGUUAUUUUGCUUCUACCGAUCUAUUUCAAUAAAAAAAUAACACAAAUGCAGUCAUUUAACUUGU